CGAAUUUCUGGAUAUGCACCACACACUACACACAUUACUUAUUUCCAAUUAAAAAAAAAAAAGAAUUGUGAGAAAUUACAGAAAAUAGUAUCCGAUAAGAAGAGAAAAAUUGUGCAAAGAAAGAAGGAAGGAUAUGGUCUUCUCGUUAUUCCGGAGAUACUUGAGCAUGGGCCGCCAUAGCCACACCUCAAACAAGGUUCAGGCUCUCUACGACCACUGCAACGCCAUUUUCUCCCCUUCCUCGACGCCACCACCUUCUUCGCAAGCUUUGCACAAGCUCUCUUCAAUUCUCGAUACUGUCCAACCAUCAGAUGUUGGGCUUUCGGAGGAAACUACAGAUGAUGAUCGAGGGCAUGGGUUUUUUGGAAUUAAUCAACUGAAUAGGGCAGCUCGAUGGGCUCAACCAAUAACUUAUAUUGACAUUCACGAGUCCGAUAGUUUUACGUGUUAUUUGGUGCAGAUGUGUAUAUUCUGUUUUCCCACUUCUUCGGUUAUACCACUGCAUGACCAUCCUGGCAUGACUGUAUUUAGCAAAAUUCUCUACGGCUCUUUGCAUGUGAAAGCUUAUGAUUGGGUUGAACCUCCCUGCACUGUAGAAAGCAAGGGACCAGGACAUCCUCAAGUUAGACUGGCCAAGUUAGCUGUUGAUAAGGUCAUGACUACACCGUGCGAGACAUCGGUUUUAUAUCCAAAGCAUGGUGGAAAUCUGCACUGUUUCACAGCAGUAACACCUUGUGCUGUGCUAGACAUUCUUUCACCUCCUUAUAGAGAAGAUGAAGGAAGGAAGUGUACUUACUAUCAUGAUUAUCCAUAUUCAACAUUUUCAACACAAAAUGGCCCUAAGAUAUGCGACGGCGAAGAGGAGGAAUAUGCUUGGCUUGUAGAGAUAGGAACGCCUGCGGAUCUUUAUAUGCGCUCAAGAGAGUACACUGGUCCGGCUAUCCAGCUUUAGGUCUUUUGCUUGGAUUUAAAAGUGAUUAUAUGCUUCCUAUUGUGAAUGACGGGUGAUGAUGUUAAUGCCUGAAAUCUAUUCAUCUCCCAUUCUGCACCUGCUGGCGAGCGAAGAGGAUCUAAAUUUGUUUACAACACGACAUGUGAAGGUUGAUUUAUGCCUCCUUUUGCUCGAAGCAUAUUUGGAGCAUAAGAUUUUGAUACAUAAAAUCUGUGAUAGUCCUCAUGCUUUGACAAGCAAAACUAUUUUUGUAAUAUUCCUUGUAUAGUGGAUGCGGUAGAUUGUAGUAUCAAUGAAAUGGCAAUACUUUCUUAUCA